AUGAACAUGAAGGAUUCUGCGGGAGCAUGGGCCCACCCACACCUCGACCAACUUGGAUCACACCAAGCCAUCAUCCAAACGGUCAAAGAAUUCAAACUGGAGUUUCUGGCAGCGUUUGGCGACCCUGAUGCCACAAGGGCCGCCGAGCGGAAGAUCACCACCCUUACCCAGUCCGGCACAUGCGCGGACUACAUCACAAAGUUCAGAACCUUAGCCAUGGAACUGGACUGGAACGACGCGGCCCUCCAAGGCCAGUUUGCCCGCGGCCUCCACUGGGAGGUCAGCCGCCAAAUUGCCACCCGCGAGCACCAACCCCGCACCCUCCUUGAGCUGCAAAACGCAGCACUCGUCAUCGAUAAUGCUCUCCGAGAAGAGCGCGCUAGCCAUCCGCCGAAGGAUAGUAAGUCUAGCAAAAACCCCGCAAGGGGAACGAGUACCGGCCAUGCCACAACCGGUUCGAAAAAACUCUCCGACGAUCCCAACUUUGUGUUGGAAGAGGAACGCAAUCGCCGCCGCGCCGCAGGCGCCUGCAUCAAGUGCGGCAAAAUGGGUCACAAGUUUGCAGAAUGCCGCACGGGCUGGAAAGCAACCCCUGUUGAGGACAAGGGGAAGGCUAAGGAAGCCGCCAAAAUUGGCGAAGACUCCGAGUACCAAUCGGGAAAAGACCACAAUAGAAUCUCCCCUCUCUUUACUAUUUCCAUCAAACCAGAGAAACAAGCGGAAUACUUAGAAGUCCUGAUAGACUCAGGCGCCACCUCAUCCUUCUUACACCCCCGUACAGCGGAACUACUCCGCCUCCCUCUAAUAGAUCUCCCACAACCACGUACUGUUACUAUGCUUGAUGGGUCGAGCCCCCAGGCUGGAAAAAUUUGGAAGAAGGCCCACCUAACCUUCCUGUUCGAUGGCAAACGCAUGACGGAAACCUUCCUGAUUUGCAAUACCGGAUUGCACGCUGCCAUCUUAGGAAUCAAAUGGUUAGAGAACCAUAAUCCCGAAAUUGAUUGGAACCUGCGCACCCUCUCUUUCCCUCACACGCCCCUGGAACACAUAGCCAUUGCCAAAGAAGAGGAAGCUGACAAGAACCCCCUUGAAGGAGUACCCUCCAAGUACCAUCAAUAUGCAAAGGUAUUUGGGGAAGAAGAAUUCAAUAAACUUCCCCCUCAUAGGCACUACGAUAUUGGUAUUGAACUUACGGAAGAAGGACCCCUGAACUCGCCCCUUUACAGCAUGACUGAUGCCAAAUCCGCCACACUCAAGGACUGGCUCAGGGACGAGCUCAAGGCUGGGAAAAUCCGCCCCAGUAAAUCAUCAAUCAGCUCCCCGGUUAUGUUUGUACCUAAGAAGGAUGGUUCCCGUCGGCUUGUAGUGGACUAUCAACGCCUAAACAAUUGGACAAAGAAAAACGUCUACCCGUUACCCCGUCCUGAUGACCUCAUGGCCCAGCUCCGCGGUGCCAAGGUCUUCACCAAGCUAGACCUAAGAUGGGGUUACAAUAACGUCCGUGUCAAAGAAGGCGACAAAUGGAAAACGGCCUUCCGUACCAAAUAUGGUCUAUACGAAUCCCUGGUUAUGACUUUCGGCUUAACUAACGCUCCUGCGGCCUUCCAACACUUCAUGAACGAACUGUUCAAGGACCUAUUGGAUGUAUGCGUCAUCAUUUACCUUGAUGACAUCCUAAUCUACUUGAAGGACAACGCAACCCAUACUCAGCACGUCCAUGAGGUCCUACAGCGCUUAAUGAAGAACCAAUUGUUCUGUAAGGCAUCCAAGUGCACAUUCCACGUCACAUCGGUGGAGUAUCUAGGAAUAAUCGUAUCGGACAAGGGAUUCAGUCUGGAUAAGCUCAAAAUCCAGGCAGUCCAAGAUUGGCCCACGCCCACUAAAGUCAAGGAAGUACAAUCAUUCCUAGGCUUCGCCAACUUCCUACGCCGCUUCGUUGCCAACUUCAGCCAUAUGGCACGACCCCUACACAACUUGGUUAAAAAGGACACACUCUGGAAAUGGGAAGCCAAGGAACAGGAAGCAUUCCAAGGACUGAAAGAUGCCAUCACAGACGCCCCUGUGUUAUGCCAUGCCGACCCUACCAAACCUUACUUCCUCGAAACAGAUGCAUCUGGUGCUGCCCUGGGCUCUAUACUUAGCCAACGCCAAGAAGAUGGACGCCUCCACCCGCUUGGUUUUCUAUCCGAAUCAUUCAAGGGAGCCGAGCAGAACUAUGACACACACGAUAAGGAGCUCUUAGCGAUCAUCCGCUCCUUUGAGUAUUGGUGCAUAUUCCUGGAAGGCACCGCACAUCCCAUCACGGUAUUCACAGACCAUCGCAACUUGGAAUAUUGGAAGGAGUCCAGAACAUUCAACCGGCGUCACGCCAGGUGGCAUCUAUUGUUAGCCGGGUAUAACUUCCAAAUCGUAUACCGCCCCGGUAAACAGUCCGGCAAACCAGACGCUCUCUCACAACGUUCAGACCAUGCCAACAUUCCACCGGAUGCCCAAACCAUGCUUCCCAACCCUGUUUUUGCCAACGUUGCGCUAGUUACACCUGAGAAGGAGUUACAACGCCAGAUCGAGUUAUCCCUAGACCAAGACGAGUCCCUGGAGGAAAUCCUCCAAUUCCUGCAGAAUGAGUCCAAGGCUCCACCCUCAAUCAACGCGCCUUCAAAGAUUACGAGAUGGAAGCAGGUCUGCUAUUCUACCAAGGGCGAAUUCCCCUUAGCCGGCCACCCAGGCAGACAACAGACCUUAGAAUUGGUAUCCAGAAACUACUACUGGCCUGGCAUCCGCGCAGACACGUAUUGGCAUGUGGACUCCUCCGCUGGAAACCCCCGUCAAGCCCUGGCAACACUGUCUUACGACAUGAUAGUAGAUCUGCCCAAGGACGGAAGCAACGACUCCAUCUUGGUCAUAGUGGAUAGCUUCACAAAGUAUGGGAUUUUCGUCAAAUGCUCUAAGAAGCUCAAAGCACCUGAACUAGCGGAAUUGUUCUUGGAGCACGGGAAGGUUCUCAAUAACAAAUUCCUGAGGGCACUGUACAAACGCCUGGGUAUAGACCCCCACUUCUCCUCAGCGGCUUACUCAGGGGUCAACCAAAGGGACUGGACCAAAUGGUUACCAAUGGCCAAAUUUGCAUACAACAAUGCGGUUCACAGCAGCACAGGAAAAACACCAUUCAAAGCCCUGUACGGAUGGGAGCCUACCCUGACACCUUCAAACGUACCCACAGACGUGCCAGAGGCCAACGACUUAGCCCAGACAAUGGAGGCACAAUGGAAGGAAGUGGAAUCGGCACUCUGGCAAUCCAAGCAAUGCAUGACGGCCGGAGAAGAUGGAAGCCCGUUAGAGUUCGAGAUUGGAGAAGAAGCCUGGCUGGACGCCAAAAACGUCAACCUCAAAACCUUGAGUCCAAAACUUACGGAACAACGCCUAGGACCAUUUAAGGUUACUGAGAAGAUCUCCGACCGGGCGUACCGCCUGGAACUCCCUCCUACCAUGCGAAUCCACGACGUCUUCUAUAAACGCGCCUUUGAGAAUUGCCCCCCACCAGUCACAGUGGAUGGGGAAGAGGAGUACAAAGUGGAAGGAAUUACCGACGCAGAGGAACGCAACGGGAAAUGGUUUUUCCGGGUAAAAUGGAAGGGUUACGGCUCUGAAGAAAACACAUGGGAACCCCGGGAGAACCUUAAAAACGCAGAAAAAAUUUUGAAAAGAUACGAAGAGGACAUGAAAAAGAAGGCCCUUGGCGCCGCCAAGGCCCUUAGAGGGGGGGCAGUGUCAUAG